GACAAAAAGUUUGCCUGAUACCGGCACGCAGUAUUGAUAGCUGAGUGCUGGAAAGCGGUGUUGAAGCCUGGAAGCAGAGCAGCCGGUCGCGCACUGUUCUUCUGUGUGUGCGGUAGAUCUGGAACUGCUAUGGAGCGGCCACUCACGACCCCGGUAUGGUCACAGUGUGCUGGCUGUCAGCUGACCACUAAGUUGUUUAGUGUCACACGUGUACUGAUCAUGCUGGUGCUGUACAUAUCCGACCAGCAGGGCCUGCUCACAGGUGCCACUGGGCUCAGACCUAGCAUCCAGCAUCCAAACAUCAUGGGUCAGUAUCUGGCCGAUUACAGUUUCCACACGGGCAACACGGGCGCGUUCCACCCGCAAGGCCGUCCCAAGCGCGAUCCGCGCAUCCGACUGACCGGCGGUUAUGGGCCCGACCGAUGCCUGGGCCGCGUGGAGAUGCGCGAGGAUGGCGCCAACGGUAACUGGAGCACGGUGUGCGCCGCGGGCGGCUGGGACUUCCGCGCCGCGUCCGUGGCGUGCUACGCGCUCGGUUGUGGCAUGCUGCGUCAAGUGCUGCUGGAACCGCAAACGGAGAGCACUCCACCCGUGCAGUACUUCAAUCCGCGCUGCAACGGCAUAGAGACGAGCUUGUUUGACUGCAUGUUGGAUGUUGGUGGGACACCGGUGGAUCCGUUCGACAAGGACGGGCCGCAGAGCAGCACAUGCAAUGGGCCCGUCGCCCGAGUGCGUUGCGCACCGCCAUGCCACCUGUGGCAGUCCGAUCACAAGUACGUCUACCGCUACAAGCGCUCCGGCUAUCGUCCCUUCAAGUUCCACUCUCACACGCCGGUCUGCAGCUAUCCGCUGUGCGCGCACCCGGGGCCACCCAGGAAUGGCAGAGUGCUGGGACGCUAUCUGAAAACAUACGGUGCGGGCACAAUCCUGGGCUUUGCGUGCGAUGCCGGAUUCACGCUGACCGGCACGCCCUGGCUCUAUUGUACACACGCUGGUCUGUGGAAUGACAUGCGACCUGCUUGCGAACCCAUUCCCGGUCAAUGCUCUCCUCUGCCGCAGAUUCAGAACGGGAUGAUGUCGGAGACAAACCUGCGCAUCGGUAGCAUUGUCACGUAUAAAUGCGACGCUGGAUAUCGAUUGUCCGGAGAAGCAACGCUAACGUGUGUUUCCAAUGAUACCUGGUCUAGUCAGCCACCGACCUGUCUAUGCGACACGGUCAAGGACAUUGUGUUUAUCCUGGACGAGUCGGGCAGCGUGCAGCCGGACGAUUUCUCGCGACAGGUGAACUUUGUGUCGCAGUUUGUCAUGCAGUAUGAGAUCGGCGCCUCGGCUCUGACCCAGGUGGCUCUGGUGCGCUAUGGCUCCACGGUGGAGCUGGAGUUCAACUUGAACACGUUCUCCUCACAGCAACAAGUGCUCACCGCAUUGUCGGCGAUACAGUACACGAACCGUGGCAAUACGAAUACUGGCGGUGCCAUACGCCUUGCCGCCACUCAGAUCUUUGUCACGGCCGGGGGUGUGAGACCGCUGGCGCCGGAUGCCACUCGCGUGUGCGUGGUCAUCACAGACGGCCAGUCCAACAUCGGACCUAAUGUCCGUGGUGAGGCCGACACGCUGCGUCAGCUGGGCGUGAGGGUCAUUGCCAUUGGUGUCGGCACGGGAACGGAUCGCACCGAGCUGGAAGCCAUCGCCUCCAUGCCGUUGUCGGCCAACGUGUUCCAGUUGACGGCGUUUGAUCAGUUCAACUCAGUGCUGCAGAAUAUCAGAGAUGCAGCUUGUGCAGGUAGCCGUUGUUGCUGCCCUGAUCCAGGUCGCCCGGAGAACGGAGAUAGGAUACUGACGAAUAGCACGGACAUUGCAAUUGGUACCUCGGUGACGUACAGUUGUGAUCCUGGCUAUGUGCUCCAGGGUAGUCCAGUGGCCGUGUGUGUGCAGGGACUUGUCUGGUCACAGCCUGUACCCCUAUGUGGCUUACCAGUAUGUGAUGACCCUGGCACGCCUCUCAAUGCUAUCAGGACACCUAGCGGCACGCCAGGUCAAGGCUUCGAUGCCGACGACACCGUCAGCUACACAUGCGUGGAAGGUUACCAGCUGCUCGGAGCGCCAACACGUACAUGCCAGGCGUUCGGCCAGUGGAGUGGUCAGCCGGUGUCCUGCGAACGCGUUUGCUGUGGAAAUCCCGGCCUACCAGACUUUGGUAGUAGAGUCGGAAAUGGUUUCUGCUUCGGUGACCUGGUCAGCUACAGUUGUAACACAGGAUACGGGUUGAUUGGUGUUCAGAAUCAACGCUGUCAGGCCACCGGUCGCUGGAGCGGCACAGUGCCGACGUGUGACCGCAUCAAUGACGGAUGCGCCGCACCCUGCAAUCCCCUCAACGGCGUCCACGAGCCGUCGCGUGGAUUCUUCCAGAUCAGCGAGACGGUGUUUUACUUGUGUGACCCGGGUUUCUACCUGAGAGCCGGCGAUGCCACAUCACGGCAGUGCCAGGCUGAUGGGACCUUCAGCGGAACAUGUCCAGUGUGUGAGAGAGGCUGCACCAACCCAGGACCUAUCGCCAACGGUCUACUUUCGGGCACCUCGUUUGGUCCUGGCGAUCAGGUUCGGUACAGCUGCUCUGAUGGCUAUCUGCUGGUUGGUCAGGCCACGCUGACGUGCCAGGACGACGGGGCAUAUGACAGUCCGGUGCCAUCGUGUGCAGCCGUCCAAUGUCCAGACCCGGGCUUACCUGCCAACGGCAUUCGUACUCCGGCAGGACCGCCGUUCCCGUUCCGUACAGAGAUACGCUACACGUGCGUUCAGGGUUACACACUAGCCGGUAACAACCUUCAAACUUGCCUCAGCAGCGGCCAGUGGUUUGGAGAGCAGCCGAGAUGCAUAGCACCAUCUGUAGUGGAUGGUGGAUGGUCCGCUUGGACCAAUUGGACGACCUGCACGCGGUCCUGCGACGGAGGAGCCCGUGUUCGCUUCCGCUUCUGCGACAACCCACCACCGUCACCUGGCGGGGCUUUCUGCGAGGGUUCGCAGUUACAAACGGAGGUCUGCAACGAGGAGCCAUGUGUCACCUGCAGGACACCGCCGAUACCGAUUGCCGGCACUCGCUCCAGCUCGGGACCGUUUGAGCCAGGCUCCACCGUGUCCUUUAGCUGUGCUGUCGGCUACGACCUUACCGGGUCUGGGGUCUGGAUGUGCCAGCAGGAUGGCAAUUGGCAGCCACAAGUGGUUGGGUGUGAUCUUGUAAGCUGUGAUUUCCCUGGCGCCCCGGACAAUGGCCGUAUCACGGGGACGCAGUACACGUACAACAGGACGGUGACGUACGACUGCAACCGUGGUUACAAUCUCCGUGGCGACUCCGUGAGGCGUUGCCAGGCCGACCGGACAUGGACCGGCUUUCUGCCGUUCUGCAUGCCCAUAUUGUGCCCGAUCCCUGAUCCACCGUUGAAUGGAGGUCAUUCCAGUGAUGGUCCUUUCCUGGUGGACAGCUCAGUGACAUUCUUCUGUGAUGCAACCUACCUGUUCCAAGGUACACAGACCUGGGUCUGCACACCAUCCGGACAGUGGAGCUCAAGCGAGGCAAGAUGUGAACAGCUUGAGCGGUGCGACUCGCCGGGUAUCCCCGACAACGGCUUUCUGAGCACCACGGUGUGGCCGGAAGGCACGACGGUGACGUAUACGUGCCGCUCCGGGUUCAAUGUCCUCGGGGAUGCCACGCGCACAUGUCAGCGUGCAGGCAACAACCAGCUGGGAUGGACUGGAAUCUUACCAACCUGCCAAGAUGCCAACGACAAGGAUGCUGCACCAUGACACUCUGUUAGCACUUUGACUCCACGUGCACGUGCCAUGAAUUUCAUUCUAUUUCUACUAAAUUCUUCACAUCAAGUUGAAUCUAUUCCCUUGCAAUUGAACUUUGCCACUAGUCACGUCUCACAUCUUUCAGCAUGCUGGACAUUAUUGUUUUUUUGCAGCAACUUUAAAAAAUAUCAUAAUCAUACACGGUUGUUGUGACUACAACGUUUUGCCCGGUUUUUCUUCGGCCAUGUUUUAAUCGUCAAAUGAGUCUGCAGUAUGUAGAUCCCGAUUCUCGGGCACUAGUAUGUUGAUCUUUGCCAUUUGAGGAGAUUUUAAUUCAAUGGACAACUUUGGCAUGGCUCGUGUAGGUGUAGUUUCUUCUGCACGAUUUUUGAUCUCAAUCCAUGACAGAACAAGAUGCUUACAUCAGUUCACUAAAGGAUGAUCCAGCGUGUUGUAUGGCCAUUGGA